AUGGAGUCAUACGGACCAAUCUGCUUCACCAAGAUCCUGGGGGUCAACGAUGAUGACAGUAUUCCUCCCAAGGAGAGUGUCUCGUUGGCCAUCGGAGAAAAUCCGCGAAAUGGAUCUCUCACCUUGCCGCCCGCCCCGACUGCCCCUGGUGGCCCUCUGGGGCUUGCUAUGAUGACACGCAAGUUCUGGGCACCCGGUCGCGAGUUGAAGAUUAACUUCCAGGGAGGAUCGACAUGGCAGAAGGAACAAGUCAAGAAGUAUGCACCGGAAUGGACUCAAUGGGCCAACAUACGAUUCACAUUUGUCGAUUCUGGGGAAGUAGACAUUCUCAUUGCGUUCAACCCUGGCUUGGGGUCUUGGUCGUACCUGGGAACGGACUGUUCGUGGUUCAGCUCGCAGAACCGCCCGUCGAUGAACCUGGGAUGGAUCAACGACAACCGCUCUGAAGACGAGCUGCGCUCCGUCAUCCUUCACGAGUUCGGCCACGCCCUGGGUGCAGUGCACGAGCACGAGAGCCCGUACGCCAACAUCCCUUGGAACAAAGACCAGGUCUACAAGGACCUCGGCAGGCCGCCAAACAACUGGGACAAGGCCAAGGUGGACCAAAACAUGUUCACCCUGUACACGCUGCAGGACACCCAAGCUACCGACUUUGACCCCGACAGCGUCAUGCUGUAUUACUUCCCUGCCAGCUGGACCACGAACGGCAAGGGGACCAAGUACAACACAAGUCUCUCAAACCUGGACAAGGCCUAUGCCAAGUUCUGCUACCCGAAGGGUGACUUCGACGCAGGACAGUUCAACACCAUGGAAGUCCGCCCAUGGGACAAGCCGCAGCUGGACAACGACAAAGUGAUCUACUACCAGAAGAAGUACGAUACUGUCCCAGAGCUACCUGUCGGCCUUACGUCCCUCGACAUCGGUUGCGCUGCCAAUAUUCGGAUCAGAGCUCUGACCAGCGACGCAACCACGGAGAAGUUCAAGGCUUCUCUCCAGAGCUGGGCGGACACCAUUUUGUACUCCGCCUCCAUGACCUACCUGGAGAAGAGUUCCACCUUCAGCUACAUGCAAACCGGCGUCUACAACACGCAGGAAACGCGCCCGUGGAACAAGCCACAGCUCACCCAGUCCAAGCGCAUCAACUUCGCCACGCCAUUCUCUUCUCCGCCCAAGGUCAUCACCUGGCUCCAGGCACUGGACAUGGAUAAGAGCAAGAACUGGCGUAUCAAGGUGUAUCCCAGCGACAUCGACAACACAGGCUUCACCAUCCACGCCGACUCCUGGGCCGAUUCUAUCCUGUACAGCGCUGGCGUUACUUGGCUCGCGUAUCCCGCCAACCAACCUGGCGUCACCAGUGGCACCUUCAACACCCAAGAUGUGCGGCCCUGGAACCAGCCUCAGGCGGAGAACUCCGGCGUCUUCAAUUUCCCUACAGCCUUCUCGAAGCCGCCCAAGAUAAUCAUGGCUCUGAACACCCUGGACUACGACCACACCCGAAACUUGCGACUGAGGCUGAGCACGUCUUCGGUGACCAACACGGGCAUCACAUGGCAUCUUCAAAGCUGGUGGGACUCGAUCAUGUAUAGCUCGGGUGCUUCCUUCUUCGCUUGGACUUGA